AUAUAAAGGCUAAACCUCACAGCUUACUAAACAGAGUCACAGACUAGACUACUAUUCUGCUUCGUCAUAUUUCUUUUUCUAGGUCUUUAGAUUUUUCAUCUACAGAAAAAAUCUUUACUGUUCAUUCAUUCGUUGGUGAUCGUAAUAAUGGAUGAGUUCUUGAAGGAAUGUGAACCAUCAGGUGAUGCAGCGUACGGUGCAUUCAAAAACCUUUUAUCAAGACUAGAUGAUCCGAAUACUAGAGUUGAAGCUCGUAUUUUCAUGGCUAAUCUUCAAAAGAAAUUCGAAUCAUCUAAAGAAUCAUCAGAUCUUUGUUUCGAUAAAUAUCAUUUCCGUCUUCACGAGAUUCCUCUAUCUGAUUACCAAGGGUAUCAGAAAAGGAAGAAAUUAGGAAUGAUGGAGAUUCCAAGUAUUUUUAUACCAGAAGAUUGGUCAUUCACUUUUUAUGAAGGAUUGAACAGACAUCCUGAUUCUAUGUUUAAAGAUAAGACUAUUGCUGAACUUGGUUGUGGUAAUGGUUGGAUUUCUAUUGCUCUUGCUGAUAAAUGCUCUCCCUCCAAGGUUUAUGGGCUUGAUAUAAAUCCUAGAGCCAUUAAAAUUGCGCGAAUAAAUCUGUAUCUGAAUGCGUUGGAUGAUAAUGGACAACCAAUUUAUGAUGCUGAAAAGAAGACACUGCUUGAUAGAGUGGAGUUUCAUGAAUCUGAUCUCUUGUCGUAUUGUCGGGAUAAUAAAAUUGAUCUUGAACGAAUUAUCGGCUGUAUACCACAGAUUUUGAACCCAAAUCCAGAGGCUAUGUCAAAAUUGGUUACUGAAAAUGCAAGUGAAGAAUUCUUGUAUUCGCUGAGCAAUUAUUGUGCUCUUCAGGGUUUUGUCGAGGAUCAGUUUGGCUUGGGGCUAAUUGCUCGAGCAGUUGAGGAAAGCAUAGCAGUCAUCAAACCCAUGGGAAUCAUGAUCUUCAAUAUUGGAGGCCGCCCAGGACAAGGUGUGUGCAAGCGGCUAUUUGAGCGUCGUGGUAUCCAAGUGAUGCAGCUUUGGCAAACUAAAAUUCUCCAGGCUGCUGAUACAGAUAUCUCAGCUCUAGUUGAAAUUGAGAAGAACAGCCGCCACCGAUUUGAGUUCUUUAUGGGACUUGUGGGUGACCAGCCUAUCUGUGCCAGAACAGCCUUGGCCUAUGGAAAAGCUGGUGGCCGUAUCUCACAUGCUUUAUCUGUGUACAGUUGUCAACUCCGUCAGCCAAAUCAAGUUAAGAUAAUAUUUGAUUUUCUUAAAAAUGGGUUCCAAGACAUUAGCAAUUCCCUGGAUUUAUCAUUUGAAGCUGAUGCUGUUGCUGAUGAGAAGAUCCCUUUCCUAGCUUACCUUGCUAGUGUUUUGAAAGAAAACUCAUUUUUCACAUAUGAGCCUCCAGCUGGAAGCAGUCAAUUCCGCAACCUUAUUGCAGGCUUUAUGAAAGUAUACCACCAUAUUCCACUGAAAAAUGAUAACGUUGUUGUCUUUCCAUCCAGGGCUGUGGCUAUUGAAAAUGCUCUUCGACUUUUCUCCCCACGCCUUGCCAUUGUUGAUGAACAUUUGACUAGACAUUUACCAAAGCAAUGGUUGACAUCUUUACCGAAUGAGGGGGCAACAGAGGAUGUUAUAACCGUGAUUGAUGCUCCACGCCAAUCAGACCUGAUGAUAGAAUUGAUAAAGAAGCUCAAACCACAGGUUGUGGUUACAGGGAUGGCUCAUUUUGAGUCUGUUACAAGUUCCGCUUUUGAGCACCUGUUAGACACUACAAGAGACGUAGGUUCUCGACUCUUCAUAGACAUAUCUGACCAUUUUGAGCUCUCCAGUCUGCCUGGUUCUAAUGGGGUCCUGAAAUAUCUUGCAAGAAGUACCCUGCCCUCACAUGCGGCAAUCCUAUGCGGUCUAGUGAAAAAUCAAGUUUAUUCAGAUCUUGAAGUAGCCUUCGUCAUUUCGGAAGAGGAUGCUAUUUUCACUGCGCUAUCUAAGACGGUGGAGUUACUAGAAGGCCACACAGCUCUGUUUAGUCAAUACUAUUAUAGUUGUAUCCUCCACGAGCUUCUAGCAUUUCAGCUUGCGAAUCGGCAUCCACCUGCAGAGAGAGAAUCCCAUACUAAAUCAGUUGAAAUGAUCGGAUUUUCAAGUUCUGCUGUUACAGCCCUUAGUGACGCUGAGCUGAAUAUUAGUGAAGCAGAGAACUCAUCACUAAUUCACAUGGAUGUUGAUCAAAGCUUCUUGCCUGUUCCUUCUCCCGUGAAGGCAGCUAUCUUUGAGAGUUUUGCGAGACAAAACAUGGUCGAAGCUGAAACUGAUUUGAAGAUUGGCAUUCAGCAAUUUAUCAAGAGCAAAUAUGGGUUCCCAACAGAUAGCUGUACAGAAUACUUAUAUGCUGACACAUCAUUAUCAUUGUUUAAUAAGCUGGUCCUUUGUUGUAUUCAAGAAGGUGGGACAUUGUGCUUCCCAGCUGGUUCAAAUGGAAAUUAUGUUUCUGCUGCAAAGUUUAUGAAAAUGAACACUGCCAGUAUCCCAACUGAGGCUGAAGUUGGAUUCAAGCUUUCAGAGGAUGUGCUCACAGGCUUACUUAGCACGGUAAAAAGACCAUGGUUAUAUCUUUCAGGACCGACAAUCAACCCAACUGGACUUGUUUAUAGCAAUGAAGAGUUACAGGGAAUAUUAUCCGUCUGUGCUAAGUUUGGAGCAAGAGUCAUUAUUGAUACAUCCUUCUCAGGACUGGAAUUCAAUGAAUCCAGAUGGAAUUUGGAGGAAACUUUGUCAAAGAUGAGUUCCUCUGGUGACUCAGAAUUUUGCGUUUCUUUGCUCGGAGGAUUGUCUUUUGAGAUGCUGACCGGAGGGCUAGCAUUUGGCUUCCUUGUUCUGAAUCAGCCUGUAUUGAUUGAUGCAUUCAAUAGCUUCUCAGGAUUAAGCAAGCCUCACAGCACUACCAAAUAUGCAAUAAAGAAGUUGUUGGCUCAGAGAGAGCAGAAAGUGCAGAAUCUAUUGGAAGGCAUUCUGGAACAGAAACAGAUUUUGCAGAAUAGAUCUAAACGCAUGACGGAGGCACUGAAGAGCUGUGGAUGGGACGUGCUUGAAUGCAGUGGUGGUGUAUCUAUGAUGGCAAAGCCAUCUGCUUAUCUGGGCAAAACAUUAAAAAUCAAUAAAUCUUCUAGUAAUGGCGACUCCACUUGUGUCACUGAUGCCUAUGAAGCUAAACUAGAGGAUUCAAAUAUCAGGGAAGCCAUUUUCAAAGCAACAGGUUUAUGCAUCAAUAGUGGCAAAUGGAGUGGAACUGGCUACUGCCGUUUCACAAUUGCCAUGGAGGAUACCAAAUUUGAACAAGCAUUGGAAUGCAUAUCCAAAUUCAAGAAAGUUGUCCUUGGGGUCUAAUAAAAUUUCAAGUUCCUUUCUGUUCAUUUCAACGCCUUUCUCAUUGAAGUUUAAAAUACCUCAUAAAUAUGGAAAUCCACCCAGGUUCUCGCAAAGAGGAGGUAAAAACUAAAGCUGUUCCCUUGCGAUGAUAAAUUUUAUCCUUACUGUUUUUCCGUUAUGAAGACUGUUUCUGAUUCUUUUUGCGGGGAUAUAUUUGUUCUUAUGGUAUUCUCUGAAACUGGAAUUCAGUUCUUUAAGGUGAAAUGAUAAAACCUUGAUGUUGAUUUACGUCUUCCACAUGUUGGGUUUGUGUUUUUGUGAUGGUUCUAAUAAAAGUAAAAGCUUACAGUUUAAUUGUGUGUGUACUCUUUACUCUGAAUUGCUUUUCUUUCAAUAAAACGGUUGCGUUAAU